UAGCUCAUUUUCAUUAUGUUAAAGUGGAAAGUCGUUUUCUUAAGUGUAUUUGUUUUAGCAUUCACAAUAAAAGCGGAUGAAGAAUUAUUAAAGAAAAUUCAAGACGAUGAAGAUUAUGAAAAGAUACCUAAAUGCAAUUGUCGAUGUGGUGAACGCAACGAAGCCUCCCGAAUAGUGGGGGGAGUUGAAACGAUGGUGAACGAGUUCCCCUGGAUGGCUCGAUUGACGUAUUUCCAGAAGUUCUACUGCGGGGGCAUACUCAUCAACGACCGCUAUGUGCUUACCGCUGCGCACUGCACUAAAGGGCUGAUGUGGUUUAUGAUAAAAGUGACUCUGGGAGAACACAACCGCUGCAACGAGACCACGCGCCCCGAGACGCGCUUCGUGACAAGGAUCGUCGCCCACAACUUUACAUACACCACUUUCCGACAUGAUAUCGCGCUGCUGCGGCUCAAUCAGCCUGUCAAUAUUACUGAUACGAUCAAGCCUAUCUGUCUGCCACAUAGUGACGAUGACACGUACGUAGGAGUGAAGGCCAUAGCAGCAGGCUGGGGUUCAGUAACCGAGCAGAAGAACCACUCCUGCGUGCUGAACGACGUGGAGCUGCCCAUACUCAGCAACGACGUCUGCAAGAAGUCCAAGUACGAGGAAGCCAUGAUAGCUGACGACAUGCUGUGCGCCGGCUUUCCUGACCAAGGAAUGAAGGAUACUUGUCAGGGUGACAGCGGCGGACCGUUGGCAGCCGAAAGAAGAGACAAACGCUACGAGCUUUUAGGAGUGGUUUCAUGGGGUAUCGGAUGCGGGCGCCCCGGUUACCCUGGAGUGUACACGCGGGUCACCAAGUACCUGUACUGGAUCCGACAUAAUGCGCGUCAAGGAUGCUUCUGCUCAGAUGUGGCGUUCCUCACAGGUACCUAUCAGAGUAUUCUAGAACAGGCCGUCUUCUGGGCGGUGAGGCCACCACCGCCCAUCAAUUCCCGUGGCUCGCUGCGCUUCAAGAUCGCUCAUGUCGAUCUUUCUACCGAGUUCAAUGACGUAGGGAUGUUUCUUGCUCAUGAGCCAGCCGAUGUGGCAGAAGAAGAAGCCGCGCUUGGAGUUGUGAGGAUCGGCGUCCGUGUCCGAGUACCGAUGGUGGAGGCGAUGGCUUACGGGCAGAGAUAUAACUCUUCAUGCGAAUGCGGAAUUGCGGGUAGAAAUCGUCGAAUAGUGGGCGGAACCACAGCCCAGCCUCACGAAUAUCCCUGGCUGGUGGCGCUUAUGCUCGGCUCCAAGCUGCACUGUGGCGGUGCCAUCAUAUCCGAUCUGCAUAUCCUUACCGCUGGCCACUGCAUUACGUUUGGUGUUCACUAUCGAGAUCUUAAAGUGCACGUGGGCAUGCACGAUCGCUUGGACAACACCUUCGAAAUUAGGAGAGUAAGCAAUGGCGUCAAACAUCCCAGGUUCACCUCAAACGCCGUGCGAGACAUUAAUGAUCUGGCUGUCCUAACCCUUGACAGGAGAAUAAAGUUCGACGAUAAAGUUCGGCCUAUUUGCUUGCCGGAUGAAGACAUGCAAUUUGACGAUCUUCCCCUAACUGUUGCUGGUUGGGGCAAGAUAAGACAGGGAGCCUUAACAUCUUCGAGACACCUAUUGGAAACCAAAGUGAAGAUAGUGCCAGAAGAGAAAUGUAGAAAGACGCAAAUUUAUAAAGACAAUCUCGUUAGCGACACGAUGAUGUGCGCAUACGCUUAUGGAAAAGACGCUUGCCAGGGGGAUAGUGGUGGUCCAUUGUUUUCUACUCAUUCAAGCACUGAUAACAGAAAGUGGUAUCAUGUUGGAAUCGUGUCAUGGGGUAUAGAUUGUGCAAUGCCAGAUUACCCAGGUGUCUACACGGUUGUAUCGAAGUAUAUCGAUUGGAUCCACAAAGAAAGCAAAGACGGGCAAUAUUGUAUUUUAUUUAAUUAUUUUAGGUCGUGCCAUCAUAUGGACUCCAGUGCGGUGAGACAAUGUGGCGUACCUUCGGACACAAUAGUGUCCCAGCGAAUAGUGGGUGGGAGACGGGCAGAGCCUUACUCAUUUCCAUGGACGGUGGCGAUCAUCAAAAGUGAUCGAAUGCACUGCGGGGGCGCUAUCAUUACAGACAGACACGUGCUAAGUGCGGGGCACUGCUUCAAAUGGGACGACCACAAAGACAUGCACGUCCUCAUCGGCUUGGACAACUUAGACGACUUAAAACAAGUGGAGAAGAGGAACAUUUCCCGAGUGAGCAUCCACGAGAACUUCACUUCGACUGCAGUGAGGGACGAAAACGACAUCGCGAUCGCUACGCUAACCUCACCCGUGACGUUUGGACCUACUAUCAUUCCUAUAUGCUUGCCUGAACCUGGACAAGAGUUCAGCCACCGAGUGGGCACCAUAGUGGGUUGGGGGCGGAUAGCACCAGAGGCCUCGGCAUCCAAAGUCCUCCUGAAGGCCACCCUCAAGAUUCUGAAUGACGAGGAGUGCAUUCAUUCCAAGCUGUCGCAACAUCUGAAGCCGACUAUGAUGUGCGCUUUCUCAAAGGGAAAGGAUGGCUGUCAGGGAGACAGCGGCGGGCCAUUUCUAGUAUUUGAAACAUCUGGAAAAUACGUACAAGCAGGCGUUGUAUCUUGGGGAAUUGGCUGUGCUGAUCCACGAUACCCAGGAGUGUACACGAAGGUUAGCAACUAUAUCGACUGGAUACAGAAAAACUCUGAAGAUGGAAAAACGUGCAAAUAAAUAAUUAUAAAUAAUACCUAGUAUACAAUUUUAA